AUGUCGUUCGAUGAGCUGAAGGAGUUGGGGAACAAGCUCAUGAGAGCGAACCCACCUGACUACGAGGGCGCCCUGGCUGCCUACAGUCGCGCAAUAACACUAAGCCAAGACAAAGUAGCUGCUUGCAUCCUGACAAACCGCAGCCUGGCAUACCUGAAACUGAAUCGUAGCGAGCAGGCCAUUGAAGAUGCUGACCUUGCCAUUGCGAUUGACCCACAGUGGGCUAAGGGCUACUGGAGGAAGUGCUGCGCCCUCACGGCACUGGGAAGGUACCAUGAGGUCCUUCCGGUUGCACAGGACGGAUUUAAACUUCUUAAGAGCAACGUGACCUGUCGAGAGUUCGUGGCCGCCUGGCUGAGGGCCUGCCAAUUGAUUUUCAGCGAGUUCGAAAAAAAGGUGGCUCUACCAACCGGCACGGCUGUACUCUCGGAGAGCUACCAGGACAUUCUGAUGUUCUCGCUUUUCUCUAGGACAUCCACGGCCGCGGGAAUGACGGAGGAUCAGAUGGCUGUGUAUCUGAAGCGCACGGCGGAGGAGUUCCAGCGAAUCAUGACAGCAUUCGGACAGCCAGAGUGCCGUUCGUUGAUGGAUUGGGUAGAGGCUGUCACGGCAAAUCUGGACCCCACAGCACCGGGCAUCCCAGUUCAGCUGCUGGAGACUUCGCUGAAGAAGACCGAUCAGUUCUGCUCUGAGCUGUCCUCACUGCACGUGGCUCUCGCGGACAUAGCCCAGCCCCUUGUCGCCUUGGCUAUGAUAGUCAUCCUGGCCCGGACCUAUGUUCUGAACUGUGCAAACAUCUGCCAUCGAAUCAUACAGUACAAGCUGCACUUGUGCUUGCCAAUCUUUGAGAAGUCAAUAAUGAACGCUCCGGAAUACAUCGGCCUUCACCUGGGAACUGAAGGUGGCUUUCUCGACUCCUUCGUUGGGCGAGAAAAGCUUACAGCAGACGACACCUCACUGAUGGAAGAGCACUGUGACAAGAUAGACAGGCUUCUCAUUGCCUACCCCAGGACGGCAUGGGAAUACUCGGAUGUGGUCGACAUCAGCUCUCGCAUUGUUGCAAACGUCAGGAAUUUUGUAACAGCGAGAAGGACUGGGGAGUUUGUCACCUCCCGGGGGCUCCCCACAGAACCAGUGAAGAUGAACGCGGAGUUUGCGAGGAGAGAUGCGGGCAAGUGUCCAGACAAGGUCAGGAGUUACGUCAAGGAGCGACUAGAGGAAGUGAAGGAGAAGCAUGGAGAACAACUAUUCAUACGAGAUGGUGAAGACCUGCUGACGUUGACAGACGUCUGCCUGCGAAUCAACGAGACGGAUCUGGCGAAGGAGGUUUUCCAGUUGGGGGAAAAGGUCAUGUUUACCGUGUUUGGUCUACAGAUGGCUUUUGGCGUGAUGAGUCUCGAUGAUGCACCAGCACAACUCUCCACAGUCAGACAGGACGUCAUGAUGAACGCUCUUUUACUCAAAGAAGCUGAACCGGGACUUGUCGUCGACGUGGCCGUUCGCUGGAGGUCACUGCUGUCUGAAUUCCGUGCCACCCUCAUCCGGCACGGUCUCGGACGGAACUACCUUGACACAUACUCCAGCAUCCUUAACCUGCAAGCCACUGGCAAUCUCCAACAGCCUUACCGCCCCGAUGUUAUCCAAGACCUGAGGAAAGCCCACGAGGACAAAGAGAUGAGGUUCCUCCGGCAGCAUGCGUACCAGUGCUUCAAAGCCGUCGUUCAGACCCCAACAGCUGCCCGCAUCCGUGCGGUACUAGAGCCAAAUGAAAUGGUUCUGGAUUACAUCUUGCUUGGAGAGAAUGAAUCGUUUGAGGUGGAUUCUCGGGCAGUUCUGAGAAUGUAUCUGCUCGUGGUAGGAUAUGCGCAGGAGCCAAAUUGGUUUUCUCUCGAUAGCAGCAAGUGCUCAUCUGCCGUUUUAAAGUGGCGUGAAGCGCUCAACAAAUCGGUUGCUCAGAUGAAUGAUCCUGAUUCCGAUAAUGAAUCAGAGUUGACAGCUGCGAGUAUAAGCUUGACGGAGGCAGUCUUACCCGACGCUGUGUUACGGCAGCUGAAAGGUGAGCACGUGAGGCAUGUUUACAUCGCGCCAGAUUUGAUGCUGACAGCUCUCCCGCUCGAGCUACUGCAAGACGCAAGCGGUGACUAUAUCUUUGAUACUUGUUCGGUCUGCUACAUCAGCUCGGGGAGGGAACUUUUGCGAGAAGUAGUCCUCCGUCAGGUGGUACAUGUAGUUCAAAGCACGAGGAAUCAAACCCGAAAUCAAGAUCUUGCUGAAAGUCAGACAAAGGAUACGGGCAAAGCCGCUGAAGGUAGCAGAACAGAUGAAAAUGCAGGAGGGGUAGCUACGGGUGGGAUCGGUGAUAACAGCAGUGAACAGGCCAAGACGGACCACGAUCAAACUGCCGAGAAGAAGCAAUCUUCGGGUACCUCUGUUGGUGAGAAGAAUCGGCAAGGUGUGCAGACAUCACAGAGAAAAUGCCUGUCUACUUCAUCAGAUAAUACAGAUUGCUUCAUCAUCGGUGAUCCAAACUUUGACCUAAAAGAUUCAUCGGGUGAUAAUAACAAAGACCUCGUCCAGAUGCUGAUGGACCUUUGGAAACCUCCAAGCACCGGGCGCACCGUUAACCGGUUACUGCACAGUAAAGAGGAGAUCGACAACGUGGAAGGAAUACUGACAAUGUUGCGCCCAGAGCUGAAUGUCCAUCCAAUUUCCGACGAUGAUGCCACCGUCUCAGCCGUCCUGAGGUUGAAGUCUCCCUUUAUUGUCCACAUUAGCAGCCACGGCUUCAGUCAGGCCAACGUCAGUGUCUACCGCGGAAAUUUUUGGGAUGACACCAAAUCGGCAGUGGUUCUGGCGGGGUACAAUACGUACGCCUGCAGGCGCUACGAGGAAAUUGAUCUGCGCACCGGGUCGGGUAUGCUGUCCUCCUUGGCCAUGUCCGGGCUGGAUCUUCGGGGGACGCGACUGGUCGUGCUGUCCAUGUGCCUGUCCGGAGUAGGUGCGGCAACGUUCCAGGAGUCCGUGAGUAGCCUAGCUGAUGCCGCCCGGGCAGCGGGAGCUGAGACCGUGGUGGCCACCUUCUGGAAGGUCCUGGACUUGGACGCGGCCGAAUUUGUCAAGCACUUCUACAACCGACUGUGCCAAACCGACGUGCGUCCGUCACAAGCGAUUAAAGAAGCUAGGGAGGAGAUGAGACAAGAUCCGAGGUAUGCCCACUGGUAUCACUGUUCAGCAUUUGCUUGCUUCGGCUACGAUCUGCCGCUCUUUCCAAAGCACAGUUAGAAAGCUUCAUGCUUAGCUUGGACCUACAGUCACCAAAUUGGAGUGGAAUCAUUUCAAAGGGAAUAUCGCCCCCACUGAUUAUCAAAUAAAGAAACGCUGCUCAAAUGUUUCAUUAUAAUGUGGCAUUCUCCAACAGAUAAGAUGACUUGUGGGAAUUCUGCAUAUCUGAAACAUUACUGACAGUAUAAUUUAACAUUGAGGCAACCCGAACAAGUUUAUGAGUCUCUGCAUGUGAUUAAUGUGGACUUUAUCAUAUUUUGUCGAUUGCAAUCCAAAUUUUAACUAUCAUGAAAAAAAGUUAUUUCUGACUUUGAUAGAACUGGUACUACAAAUUAAAGCACAUACUUCCAUAAGAAACUCCCUCAACCACCUCUGGGGCCAUGUGCUGGCUGUUCGGUAACACCACGCCUUCUUAGCCGAGUCGAAUAUAAAUACCGGAGGAGGUAGGCCUAUCAUCAUGGUGGGUCCCGGAAAAUUUUGGCGGCCCAGACAUUAACAUUGUGCAGGUCGUAUAGUAGUACCAUCCGGCAUUAGGCAAGGCAAGAAGUCACCUGGAUAUAUGUCAAGGCAUAUUUGGAUGUAGUCCAACGUCGUCAAGGCGGAAGGUAUAGUCAGCAGGGAAUAAUAGAAGUCAUUGGAUGUCAGGUUUUGGCUCCGUCGCCAAUGAUGAACGCCAUAGCAAGAGUUGUCUGAUCAAUGAUGUUGCACAACUCAAAGUGAUUUUGCACAGCCAUCAUCAGGUUCGGAUUAAGCGUUUCGUAGGCCUUAGGCACAAGUGUUCCGUAGGCCCUACUCCGCCCAACUUGAAGGCACUGGCACAAAAUUCAUGA